UGUUUCAAACUAAGUGCAAUGUGGUCACAAGGUUUUGAUGAGUCUCAAAAUUUGAAGGGACACAUAUGGCCUUGAUAUAAGACUAGAUCAAGGCAUUAAAAUGACGUUUGUGAAGUGCGAUAUGAUUGAGAAAAGGUGUUUGAAGUGAGGCUAUCGAACAUCAUGCCACCUAAACAUCGGGGUCCACGCAUAAAAUGGUUAACCAUUCUUCAAGAUGAAUCUAGCGGUUGCAGUGGUGGUCUUACUCAGUCUCAUGGAACCGACCCAGACCCUUCCCAUUGAAGUAUCAGAAAUAUCCAAUGCCACUCAAGAAUACCCUGAAGAAGAAAUAGCCUCUGAGGUACGGAGGGUGGUGCUCAGGGACUCAGAGGAGGUCACGUGUGACGCACUACCUGGAAAUGAAGGCCUUCUCAGGAAUGGAAUCGGGGACAAUUCAUACUUCAUUUGGCCCGGGAGACAGAUCCCGUACUUUGUUGAUCCGACUUUUGAUUCCAAAGGCCAAGCCAAUAUCAACGAGGCCAUUUCCAAUUUCAAUCAAGUCUUCAAGGAUUGCAUCCAAUGGGUGCCAAGGUCAGGCCAGUCGGUUUAUGUGGAGUUCUUGAACAGUGGCUCGUGUUACUCGAAAAUUGGCCGAGCAUAUUGGCCUUUUCCUCUGCCUCAAUCCAUUUCUCUGGGGAAAUGUUCGCAUUUAGUCGGACAUAUCAAACAUGAAAUGAUGCACACUUUGGGGUUUUAUCACGAACACUCGAGAUCGGAUCGUGAUGAAUUUAUCGAAAUCAAAUGGGAAAACAUCAGAGAGGACAGACUCGAUCAGUUUGAAACCUACAGAUGGACGACUGCCUAUGGCGAGAAGUAUGACUACGACUCCAUUAUGCACUAUUCCGCCAAUGCAUUUUCCAAGCACAACAACCCGUUCCUCUUAACCAUCGUGCCCAAGAAGGGCGAAGUCAGUGAGCUCGGACGAAGGCUGAACUACAGCGACACGGAUAUUCACAAGGUCCAAAAAAUGUACAAAUGUGGAGAAUAUGCAGAUUGGGCCAACGAUUGCUCAUCCGAUUCGGAUUGUGGAUUCAACGAGUUCUGCGACUCAUACAUUGUGAACGGCCAAUGUCGGACCAAACUGCCGGAUGGUUCGUUGUGUUAUCAAUCGGACCAUUGUAUUAAUCGAUGCUACACAGGCGUGUGUACCUCGUGUCAGAUAGAUGAAGAUUGCCAAGUAGGGCAAUACUGUGCCUACAAAUACGUUCCAUUUUGGGAAAAAUCAUGCUCCGAAUAUUGUCAGACCUACUGUUUUACCAACUCUCAAUGUGGCGGAGAGUGUAAUCGGUGUGGGUGGGAUUUCAGGUGUUAUAAAGCGGGCUGAAAGGGAUCAUUUCCAUGGAUUUAAGGUCAUGGAUUCGAGGACGACGGCACCGAUGGACAGAGACAGUAGGGACGACAAUGGGUAGUUCUAGCCCAUUCGUCCAAGUAUACACACUCUCUUUCACAUGAGUUCAGCCCGUUUGACAAAGAGAGCGUUGGCGGACUUUAGCUCAAUCGGACAACUCCGUCAAAAGUUAUGAGCCCUCAAACCUCAGUAUGAAGAAAAAUGAAUGAGCCAAUAUCUCAGUGGAUAGGUUUUAUUAUGCAAUAAUCCUAUUAGAUCUGAUAUAGAUGUUAAGCUGAUCAUAACUCGGGUGAGGUCGUCCAUGUAGCUUGGGAUAUGACAGAUUUUUCGAGAGAAUAUACGGAUGCCAUGGAAAAAUGCCUAUUUUCAACCGAGUCCUUUUGUUAGUUGUCCAACCAGUUUUGAUUGAAUCCAGGAUUUGAUUGAAAAAAUCAAAUUAGAUCUUUCAAUUGGACUCAUCAGUGCAAUUAUAUUUGUGUGGUCUAAAUUCUCGACGGAGUGUAAGUGAUAGCCGAACCAAAAGACUGCCAUAGAAGCAUCAUGCUAAUUCACCAUAUUUUCAUGCAGUGUCUUAACAAUGGAUUUAUUGCCAGGGCUGAACAUUUCAAGCAGUUGCCUCCGAGCAUACAUAGGGUGGAGGAUUCUGUUCUAAUCCUACAAAUAAAGUCUUACGAUUGUUCAGUUUCCGUUAAUAUGUAAAGAGUUGAAGUGAACUAGCGAGAAAAGGUUUGAUUGACCAAAAUAUGCUACAUCGAUAUUGAAAUAUUUCACACUAAUCAGAGAUGUUAUGUUUCUUGGAGUAAAAAUAAAAUUCUAAGUAAUGGUCCAUUUACACGAGAUA